GCAGCUGUUCAUUGCUGACAUUCUCCCUGCCAGGCAUUCCAACUCUCUGAGGUAAUGGGCUACAAGCAUACGGGCCUUCGCUUUAAUUCUUUCAGCGUAUCCUUCCGCAUGGAUAGAGCGAGGGGAACGCCUCCAGGAAAAGAAAUUAAAUGCACACACACAGAGGCACAGAGAGACGAGCGAUUUGAAAAUAUUCCCAAGAACGCAAUUUGCGCUCAUGCAGCACAGCGUCACAUGAAAGAGAAAGCUGCCUGAAGAGCUGGCUGGCACAGGUUUAUUUGGUUGUAAUAUUUUCUUCCACCCCCAGCUCUUCACCCAGUGGAAUGAUAUCCAGAGCAAGUUUUUUGAGACAGGAAGUGAGGAAUGUUUUCACUAUGAGUGAUCUGAGAAGAAGGUGGGUUAGCCGAGAUAGCAGCUGUUUCGGACAAGAGGAACACAGUAAGUCAGCUCCCGAGGAAUACAGAUGAGAUGGCUCCGGGAGAAGAAGGCUUGGAGUGCUCUGGGGUGUUUUUGGCUACACAUAUGUGAAAGCAGACUCGGUGUCUUUGGAUUGCUGCACAAGGAUUCCAGUGGAUGCCCCUUCUGCCUGUCUCUUGGUGGAAAACCUGCUUGUCUUUAAUGGAUACUGCUGCUGCUGGUUGAUCUCUGGAGACUUUACAGCUCCUUCCCUUUUGAGAAGAGACAACUUCUUGCUCCCUCUCAAGGUCCCGGUGGUGGUAGCUUCCUAUCAGUAACCAUCUGUGGGGGAAAAAGAAGAUGCCUCUACCUUUUGGGUUAAAAUUGAAACGAACUCGACGUUACACGGUAUCCAGCAAGAGCUGCUUGGUGGCUCGUAUCCAGCUGCUCAACAAUGAGUUUGUGGAGUUCACGCUGUCGGUGGAAAGCACGGGCCAGGAGAGUCUGGAAGCUGUGGCUCAGAGGCUGGAAUUGCGGGAGAUUACAUAUUUCAGUCUGUGGUAUUAUAAUAAGCAGAAUCAGUGCAGAUGGGUAGAUUUGGACAAGCCUCUGAAAAAGCAGUUGGACAAAUAUGCCUUGGAGCCAACCGUGUACUUUGGAGUAGUGUUCUAUGUGCCUACGGUUUCUCAGCUUCAGCAGGAAAUUACCAGGUAUCAGUAUUAUUUGCAAUUAAAGAAAGAUAUCUUGGAGGGCAACAUUCCUUGCACACUGGAACAAGCAAUACAUCUGGCUGGUUUAGCUGUUCAGGCUGAUUUUGGAGACUAUGAUCAAUAUGAAUCUCAGGAGUUUCUACAAAGAUUUGCUUUGUUUCCAGUGGGUUGGCUACAAGAAGAAAAAAUAUUGGAAGAAGCAACACAAAAAGUUGCCUUGCUACAUCAGAAGUACAGAGGCCUUAUUCCUCCUGAUGCAGAAAUGUUAUAUAUGCAAGAAGUAGAGAGAAUGGAGGGCUAUGGUGAAGAGACCUAUCCUGCAAAGGACAGCCAAGGAAGUGACAUAUUCAUUGGAGCAUGUCUUGAUGGUAUCUUUGUCAAACACAAAAAUGGUCGUCCUCCCGUUGUAUUUAGGUGGCACGAUAUUGCCAACAUGUCCCACAACAAAUCCUUUUUCACAUUAGAGCUGGCAAACAAAGAAGAGACGAUCCAAUUCCAAACUGAAGAUAUGGAAACAGCAAAAUAUGUGUGGAGGAUGUGUGUGGCUAGACAUAAAUUUUACAGACUAAAUAAAUGCAGCCUACAAACCCAGCCCAUUACAGUGAAUCCUGUUAGAAGGCGGUCUUCCUCCAGGAUGGCUAUGCCCAAGCCUCAGCCUUUUAUGAUGCCUCCACCACCUCAGCUGCAUUACAAUGGUCAUUAUACGGAACCAUAUGCAUCCUCCCAAGAUAACCUCUUUGUGAGCAAUCAUAAUGGAUACUACUGUCACUCUCAGACUAGCUUGGAUAGAGCCCCUCAUGACUACAGUGGUCGGAUCCGCAAUGGUAGUGUCUAUAGCGCACACAGCACAAACUCCUUGAACAACCCACAACAUUACUUGCAGCCGUCCCCCAUGUCCUCUAACCCAAGCAUUACUGGAAGUGAUGUCCUCAGGACCGAUUACAUCCCAUCACAUAGACACAGUGCACUAAUACCACCUUCUUAUCGUCCCACACCAGACUAUGAAACCGUGAUGAGACAGCUCAACAGGGGGAUGGUGCACACCAAUAGGCAGAGUCACUCGAUGAGAAACCUUAACAUCAGCAAUUCUUAUGCUUACAGCAGGCCUGAUGCCUUAGUGUACAGUCAGCCUGAAAUACGAGAACAUGCUCACUUUGCUUCUCCACAAUCGAACCAUUAUCCAUUCAACCUGAACUACAGUUUUCACAGCCAGUCCCCCUAUCCCUACCCUGCUGAAAAGCGCCCAGUUGUCGGGGCAGUCAGUGUGCCUGAGCUGACAAACGUGCAGCUCCAGGCUCAGGACUAUCCAGCACCAAAUAUAAUGAAGACUCAGGUCUACCGACCACCUCCCCCAUACCCCUACCCGAGACCUGCAAAUAGUACUCCAGACCUUUCACGACAUAUCUACAUUAGCAGCAGCAAUCCAGACCUUAUCACGAGGCGAGUGCACCAUUCUGUCCAGACAUUUCAGGAAGACAGCCUGCCCGUGGCACAUUCUCUUCAGGAAGUCAGUGAACCUCUAACAUCAGCACACCAUGCUCAGCUGCAGAAAAGGAACAGUAUUGAAAUAGCAGGCUUGACUCCCAGCUUUGAAGGAAUAAGAAUUAAAGAGAGGACCAUGUCAGCUUCUGCAGCAGAUGUGGCUCUUCCAAGAGUUAUCUCAGAAGGGUCACAGCCCAACAUUCUGAUAGAAAGAACAAAGCAAAAAGAAAAUGAGGAAGAAGAAGCUGUGAACUGUGAUCAUAAGAAAACCCUCUCAGAUGCUACUAUGCUGAUUCACAGUAGUGAGGAAGAAGAAGAAUUUGAAGAAGAAAACAAGGCUUCUACAGGUCUUUCUUCACUCCCUGAAGAUCAAACCCAACUGUCAUCUGUUAUGGGUGGUUAUUCUCAUGAUUCAGUACUGAACUACCCUUAUAGCUCUGUUGCUUCAUCAGCUGGCCCUUUGCAUAUUCUUGAGCCUAAAUUACAUAUUACUGAGACAGAAAAGAGAAUGAAAGAUAUGAGUCCUGUUAAUUUACUAGUAGAAAGCCAGGUACAGAGAAGAGGGGAAGGACUGCUUACUCCAUCUAUGUCAGAAUCUGACCUUACAACAUCAGGGAGAUACAGAAUAAGGAAAGAUUCAGUAAAGAAGAGACCUGUGUCCGAUCUUUUGUCUGGGAAGAAGAAUAUUGUGGAAGGCCUUCCCCCGCUAGGUGGUAUGAAAAAGAACAAAAAUGAUGCAAAAAAAAUAGGGCCUCUAAAGCUAGCUGCCCUGAAUGGACUAACUUUGACUAGAAUGCCUCUACCGGAUGAGAGGAAGGAAGAACCAACAAGAGCAACAAAUGAUGAACGGUGUAAAGUUCUGGAACAACGAUUAGAGCAGGGCAUGGUGUUUACUGAAUAUGAGCGCAUUCAGAAAAAAAGACUUAUAGAUGGUGAGUGCUCAAUAGCUCGGCUUCCUGAAAAUGCUGAAAGAAACCGAUUCCAGGACGUCCUUCCUUAUGAUGACACCAGAGUAGAGCUAGUCCCAACCAAAGAAAAUAACACAGGGUACAUCAAUGCAUCUCAUAUCAAGAUCUCUGUUGGUGGCAUAGAAUGGGAUUACAUUGCUACGCAGGGCCCUUUGCAGAAUACGUGUCAGGACUUCUGGCAGAUGAUCUGGGAACAAGGGAUUGCCAUCAUAGCUAUGGUGACAGCCGAGGAAGAAAGCGGGCGAGAAAAAAGCUUCAGGUACUGGCCGCGUCUUGGUUCAAGACACAACACUGUGACAUAUGGAAGAUUUAAGAUUACCACACGAUUCCGAACUGACUCAGGCUGCUAUGCAACUACGGGUUUGAAGAUUAAACAUCUUCUCACAGGGCAGGAGAGAACAGUUUGGCAUCUGCAGUAUACUGACUGGCCAGAACAUGGCUGUCCAGAGGAUUUAAAGGGAUUUCUCUCAUACUUAGAAGAGAUACAGUCAGUGCGGCGCCAUACGAAUAGCACUGCGGAUCCGAAAAACCCGAAUCCUCCUGUACUGGUACAUUGCAGCGCAGGUGUAGGACGGACAGGAGUGGUCAUACUGUCAGAGAUCAUGAUCGCUUGCUUGGAACAUAAUGAGAUGCUGGACAUCCCACGAGUGCUGGACAUGUUGAGGCAGCAGAGAAUGAUGAUGGUGCAGACUCUUUCGCAGUACACGUUCGUCUAUGGAGUUCUCAUUCAGUUUCUCAAAAGUUCUAGACUUAUAUAAUCCCGCCACUUCCUACAGGAAACUGCAGUGGUUUACAGAAAGAAAAUUACAGUUGUCCAGGCAGACCUGCUCUCACUGACAUUUUCUUUAUGUGAUGAAUCACACAGUUACCUUUUUAGGGCUGGAAUCUGACUGUUAAAUGAGAGUCAGUCUAACAGUCCCUGCAAAGCAGGAUCUCUGCUGGACUAAAUUCUUCCUGUAUUCAGCUGCAGUCAUAUUAGGGAAUGAUUUUACUCGUACCGGUCUGUAGUACUUGCAUACUUCUUUAGGGUGGUCUUAUUCUGGGCAAAAUAAGUAUCUUAUGAAAUGGAAGUACAUGGCACAAUUUUAUUUGCAUUAUGUUUUAAAACAUAAUUUUUAACUGUGUGCAAGCUGAAAUCUGUAAGAUGCACAUAGGGUGAGAAACCUGCUCCUUGGGAACGUCAAGGUCUUAUGCAGUUUCAUUCUGCUUUCAAUUUUAUAUUUAGAACAAUACAUCUAUAUUUUUUAAAACGAACUUUUGGUUUCCUCUAGCUUACUCAGUGAAUUAGCAGCUCUUAGAUACUCUUAGAUAUUUUAAGCUGUUGCUUUAAGGACAGUUAUUUUUAUAUUCAGCAUUUUUUAAUUAACCUCCUCCCUCCCCUGCCCCCCCCCCCUACCCCCCAACAACACCACAACCUAAAACUUUUUUAACAGCAUAAUAUUUUCAGAGGCGACGACUGACAAUGUUUGAACUCACUUUUCAAAAAAAUUUAGCAGAAAGUACUAGGGGAAGCUAUUGGUAGUUAGUUGUAGUGCCGUGGAAUAGUACUGACAGGUGAAAGAUGAUGUUACUUGGUGAUAAGUUCCAUUUGAGCAGAGGCAUGUUUACCUAUUGGUUUGUCGGCAAGGAGCCAGGGAAAAAUAUUCUAAUUAUCUACAAGGUUAUUGGAAACAAAUGGAUGAAAGUAUGUAUUCAGUAUUAUUCAUAUAUUUAGAGGACAGUUUGAUUUUACUGGCUGAAAUCAAAGUGGAUGCAAAUGUUUUAAGCACUUUUUUUCUCUGUUAUUUAUGUAGUUAAACAUAGAAACUAUAAUCAUGCAUUGUUUCAUAUGGUAAUUUACCUUUACUAACCCGUUAUUUUAGGAAGAACCUUUAAAGUUGAUGAAGUGAGAGAGCCAAAAUUGGAGUAAGAAGGUGCAUAGUGGUGAAGUGGAAAUGAUUGUAUGAAACAUAAUGUAGGAGGUGUGGUGGCUAUGACUGCUGGUUUACACAGUGCAAAGAUGACCAUUAAAAAUGUUGAUCUUUCCAGUCAAGAAAGCCUUUAAAGUUUCUGUAGAAUCCUCCAGAUUAUUUUGUUGGUGCUAGAACAGGUUUUGCUAAUGCUGUGCAGCGUUGCAAUGAAGAACAUCCACAGAAGCCGUUUGGGAACACCUGCAGAAUGUAAGAGCUCUUAGAGGUGACACUGGAGUAUUUUAGAAGCUGUGAAGGUGGCUGAGUCAAUGGCUGUGGUGUGGAUCUGAAGAUAAGUAGUUUCCAUUUUGUCCCAUGGGUCUGGUUUAAUGAGGGUAUCCCUAAAUAAUCCUCUCUGUGGUUUUCACAUGUGGUUUUACCUGCUUCUUCAAGUGUUCCGAGCUGCUGAAUUGAAACUCCCUAUUCAAAAGUGAGCUGUCAGUUUGUCAGUUUGUUUAAUUUCAAAAAACCCCUAUGGCAGAGCAGUCUGCAGGAACAUUAAUGUGUCCAUUUCCCUUUCGCUUAGCAAAAUGAAAUGAGACUGAAAGCCAUUUUUAUCACUGGCGAAAUUAUGUUAUUUUUCUGAGCCGUAACAAGGGUUUGGAAACGAUUAUGAAUAAUUAAAACCCCUUCAAAAUAAUAAGUGUCUCCCAAAACGUUGAUUUAGAAUUAUAAGUAGGUUGCCUCAAUUGCCCCUACAAUAAGCUACUUCUACAAAGCAAAACACACGGUCCAAAUGGCAUUGUGCUGAUAUGUCAUUCUAUACAAAAUAUAUUACCUUAAAGGACAAUACAGUGAUGUAGUGCAUUUGGUCUGCUUUCAGGCAGUCCGAACUGUUCUACUCUCAGUAAGAUUAGAAUGAAUAUUUCAGAAGAGGGAAAAGAAUGUUCUUUUCCUAACUAUAAAAUGCCCAGGAAGCAUUAACUGCCAAAUGUGAAACCGAAAGUCCAGAGGAAACCAGUGACUGAAGACUGAUUUUUAUAUAUAAAUCUUUCAAACAAACCAAUUAGACAUAUCUCUGUUAACAGAAGUAUUGAAAGAAACAAACAUACUUAGCUAUUUGUAUCAUGCUGUAUUUUUAAAAAAUUGCUGCUUUUUGCCACAGUUCACUUCUAUCUUCAGAAAUAUUUUUGAAUGAAAAGGUAUGCUCUAAAAUGUAGCUUGUGCCAUUUCCAUUUCUGAAGUUUGGACUGUGAUUUUCGUACUCUGAUACAUGCAGCUUUUAAUGACAUCAUAUGCAACCAUAACUUCAAGCAAAAAUUUGUAGCUGUUCAGUAGUUACUGGGACAGAACAUCAGCUGUGAGGCAUUAAAAGGAGCAGUUAAAGCAAGCAAUUGAAUCAAAAAUUUAUGGGUUUAUCUGAGAUGGGCGAGGAAAUGUCUCUCUUUUGGCUUUCUUUUCUGUUUUGCUGAAAGAACUUGUGUUCACUUUCAGAAGUGAUUGCUCUCUAACCUAGGAGUCACAGUCUUGAUUUAUUUUUCUAAGUGUAACACUGCUACCUCCUCCACUUCAGCUUUAGUACUGUCCAUCAGCAAUCUGGUUUUGCAUUAAUAAACUUGACCUUAACCAACUUUAUAUGAGUUUUCCAACUGAAGAUAGCAGGAUUGCUUUUGCAUGGAAGCAAAAAAUAAGGAAUUUCUGUUAUAAAGAUACCAAAUGAAAAUAAACUUCACAACCUCCUGGAACAAAAUUAAUUUUAAAAAUCAUUAAGAGUUUCAGCUAACUUUUAAAAGAAAACUCAGUUUUUAGCACUUUGUUCUGAGCCUUGCAAAGGGAUGCUUUUACAUGGAGUUGUGCUGGGUGCUUCAUGAAGUGUUGGACGUUGUAAGAACAGCUGCUGUCCAUAUCCAGUCACAAUGUGAAUUGGAGGUGGAUUUAUUUGUCAGAAGCUUAAAAUUCCACUAUAAGCCUGUCCAUUUUGUCAAAUGGGCUUCUGUUUUUAUGGGGAUGAAACCAGAUUAUUAUGCAAGAUUUGAGCUGACUUUGUUUAGUAAGAAAAGUUGUAUGAAGAUGUUCUUGCAGUAAAUGGCAAAGAUGAUGCUGAUCUCUAGGGAUGUCAGAGCUCUCAGGGAUAAAUAAAGGUGCUAUAUACUGUUGAGAGUCAGAUUUGACUGUCCUUUGUGGGUUAGGUGGAAAAUGCUUUUUAGGAUCAAAUUCUAUGAAGAGUUGGGAGAAGUACUCACAAACUGUAGUAAGAGCUUCUGCGCACUCGAUUUCUUCCAUGGUUGCUAUGAUGAGAGAUUUUUUGGCCAGUGAAUCUUUGUAGUCUUGGGCUGGCAGCUCUUUAAGAACAUCGGUCAGAGCCGUCAUCAUUGCAAAGGUGUCACUGGCUCAGCAAGUCGCUUCUCGCCCCGUUCCACGAGGGAGAAGCUCCAUGGUGCACCAGGAGUUUUGCGUGACUUUCCCACAGCCUGCCCAGCAGGACUCGCCGUUCUUUGCUGUCCCCCGUGAAGAGCAGAAGUUUGAUGCUGUAGUGUUGCUCUCACUGUGACACCUUUUGAAUGGUAAAAAAUGCAAGUGCAGGGUGAUGUGGGUUAUAUCUAGAAAUAUACUUAAUUCAAAGCAGGUGAGCAAGGCAGAGUUCCUGUUAUUUCUGUGGAUGAAAAGCUGCUUGAAGUUAUCAGCAAAAUUUAGGACAAAAAGUAAGAUAAAUGUGUACUAAAAUGGAAAAAACUUUUGGCAUAUUGAGAAACGUAUUUUUGGCUUCUCUUGUAAUCCUGUGUAUCUUUUUUGAAGUGGAUGACAUUUGGAGCAAUUAUCUCCAAAAGCAGCUUCUUAAAUUUAAUAAGUAAGACCACCUGAUGCUGCCGCUACAUCUUUCUUGUUGGAGCAGCUGUUGAAGUUGAGUGGCUCAUAGAUUUCAAUGCCUCUGGACCAAAACUGGUAACUGCAGGGUAGUUUAUCAUACAAGCUAGCUGUGUAAUGAGACCUCAGUAGCAUUGCUAAAACUCUGGACUUAAAAAGUAGUGAACUCAUUACUGUGUUUCAAUUGUUAAUUCAAAUUAUUAAUUUAAAAGAAGCAACACUGCAAUUGCCAAGAACUCUGUGCUUUAGAGUUUAGGCUUUGGGUUGUUCUUUUUUUCGAAUACUCAAAGUCUUGCAAAGCCUGAGUCCAGUCCUGCAAGAUGCAAAAUUCCUGCAUUUCUUCCUGCUACUGUAGGAAUUAAAAUGGGCUUAUUGCCAGUGAAAGUUUGAGCCCUUAAAGCGUGAAUACUCAUGUCUGCUUUAAAUUUAAAUACAGAUUACAAGAAUUAACCAAAAGAAUGCAGCAGGAAUGUGCAUACAUGGAACUACAGCAUUCAAAGGAAAAGUGGCUAAGAUAGUAUGGAAGAAAUUAUCUUGUGAAAGUACAAAAUGGAGGAAAUAGCGAGGACUUGAGGAAUGGCUGAAAGCAUUUGGAGGCGGAUUUGGAACAUUUUGUGUCCACAGUAGAGCUGCUAGAAGGGCUUGAUUCAUGUGGUAUGUUUUCCAUGGCAUGGCAGGGUAAGCGCAGACAUAGGCAUAGGUGUUAUUUUUACUGGCUUUUUUAAAUGUGAUUUUUGAAACUCCAAAUAUAUUUUUCAGAGCCUCUGUUAUUUUUACACAUCUUCCUUUCCAAGUGUAUUUAAUGCAAUCUGUCAACUCAGUUUCUGUUUACUUAUUAAAGGUCACAUUUUUCAAACCAUGGCCUCUGGUUUUACACUUGCAAACUGCAGAGGGAAUAGUCAUCCGUGCAGUUUUGCAGCGAUAACUGCUAAUGGACGCAGGUCAGAUGAUUUGAAGGUCUAAAUACUUUAUGAACAUGACUGCAGCCAGGUGUUUACUGUAGGUACAAACUGCACCACGAUAAGGCUGGGCGGAGAAUUAGGCCCUUGAAAUGUGGAAUUUAACAUGUGCUUAGAAAUCGUCGUAAUGCAGCGUUUGCAAUACAGUGAUAUUACAGCUCAGAGGAUCUCUAAUGCUGGGCUAAGAUAAGAGAGGAAAAUCUUAAGCUUUUAACAGCUGUUGCAAAGAUGUCUCUAAUAAAAAAAAGAAA